GAACCACCACAGUGAGAACCCGCUCACCUCAUCCCACGCCACGGAAAAAUCAGCAACAACAGGUGCGACUGGCCAAGGUCCUUCGACGCCUACCUUUGCUUUUUUUUCCCUUCUCCCCUUCGCGUGAACUAACGCUUACGUUGCCGAGGAAACGGGCUCCUACUCUUGCCACCCCAGACGCUCUUCAUAUUUAAUAGUAGUAUCAACGCAGAAGGGAGCUGUUGAGGAAGUAGAACGGAGAACAACAAUGCUUCGUCGAACAUGGACCUGUUUCAUGACUCUGGCAGAGGCGCAACGACUCGUUGACGAUGUCAGCGGGCGUCCAGCCUCUAUCCCCUCCACUGCCGCCACCGCCACCGCCACCCUUCCCAACGUUCUCAGCGCGCUGACGGAGCACUACCGCCAAGGAGGCGAGGCCUUCACAAGGGCGGCUCUGCAGCGUGUGGUGCAGCUGGACCAAUCCAACGAAGACACGCAACACGUCGCCGACACGUGCCUGUCCGAUACCUCAACGGGAGUGGCAGCAGCGACAGCAACAACCACAGAAGGAGUUGCGGCGCAGCCGGCGUCUCGCCACUUAAUCACGGAGCUCCUCCGCACCUACCCACACAGCCCCGAGAUUCGAGAGCGGUGCUGCCGCUGCAUCGCAAACGUGUGUCAGCUGGGCACCGACACCGCAUCGGACGACGGCAACGCCAGCGCUAGCCACAACGACGCUGGCGUUGCUGUGGUUGCGUCGCAGUCGUCCAGCGACGGCGCCUAUCCGCCUUCUCAUCAUUCGCCGUUGGCGGACGCUUUGGUGGACGAGGGAGCAGUGGAGCUCAUUCUUGGUACACUAGUCAUGGCUGGCCGUCUCAGUCCGCGUGGGCGGUGCUGGGCUGCCAUGGCCAUGCUGAACAUCACCUGCAUGUCGCACAACGGUGCAGCGCGAGCGACGAAGGCGGGCGCAGUCGACCGCGUGGCGGAGUACAUUUUAUUUCUGCUGGACGAUGCCGCCGUCUCCACUGCCGCUGCCGCCCCUGCAGCGACGACCGCGGCGUCCUCUUCGGCUGGCCCGGUGCGUGGACUGUCAGAAGAAACGGCGAUAGCGCUCGAUGCGGCGCUGGGGGCCCUGACCGCCCUGUUGGCAGCAGAGGCGCCGGAGAACGCAUCUGGGAUUUCGUUUAAUUACGAGGCCGCCAGCUACGUUGCGGUGGACGCAGUGGUGCGUGCCCUCCUCUUCACCUCGGCGUUGCUGGUGCGAGACGGCCGUAACGACGGCGCAUACGGCGCCUCGCUGCCCGCGCGCCGCUACGGCACGGUCGUGUUCCCGGCCGCCUCGGUGACGCAGCAGACGGCGGUGGUCGUGCUGCUGCCGCUGCUUCACAAGGCGUGGAUGGCGCUACAGGAGGUUUCCAGCUGCCCAACGAACCUGCCGAUGGUCUUUGAUGUCGUGUACGAGGCGGCGAAUGCCAAUCAGGAGAGUAUGGUGGUGGAGAGCGAGAGCGUGACGGGUGGCUCGGAGGAGGUGCUGGAGGUGACGGCGCAGACGGAGCGGCAGUACGUCGCCGCCCUGUCCAGCAUGAUUGACGCAGCACUGUUUGUGACGACGGAGUUGGAGGGGUUGGACGCGAUAGGAGCAGAGGAGCUCGUGCGGCUGCAGAAGGAUGUGCAGCUCAAUGUGAUGGACACGAUGCAGUCCAUGACCGCGUCUCGGAAAGACUUGGCACGGAAGAACGCGAGAGAAUGCAAUUCAGCAACCACAGGAGUUAGCAACAGCAGCAUCGGUGUGGAAGAGGAUCACCCCGGUGACAGCGAUGCUGCGGCGGACGCGUCCGGCGUGUAUCCGACUGCUGCGGCGAUGGGCGUGACGGAUGUGCUGGCGUCUGGCACCGUCAGCAACAUGGCUCUCGCCUGCGCCGUGCGUCUGCACACGGAGCAUCGGGAACACCGCCGUGGUGGUGGUGGGGCGGAGAUCGGGGCUGCUGCGGUGGCGGCUCCGUACAACACGCACGACUUCACGUUGCUGUCGCGGUCGCUGGUGGUGCUGGCGAACGUGGCUGAGGUCGGUGAUGAAGCCGCCACCUCUGCAAACGCCGUGGCGGCGUUGCAGACCAUUUUGGUCGACGCAGUGGAGGAUGUCGUGGCACUGCCGCGGACCUACAAAUCGGACCUUGCAGACUUGUUCAAGCCCACCGAUGACGGCGAACACGCGUCUCCCUCGUCUUCUUGUGCGCAGCGCGGUGCGAUACGCGAAGCUGAUCGUCUGAUCUUUUUGCAGCAGGCUGCGCUGGUGGGUCAGGUGUACGCGGUGCUGUGGAGCACGCUGCGCACGGCGCAAGGCGUGGCGACGGUGUCGCAGCUGCGGGUACUGCAGACGGCGAAGGAGGUGCAGAUGUCACUGCGCGAGUCGUACCUGCCGGCGGUGGAAGCAGCAAAGAUGCGCCACGGCGCCUCCUCGUCCUCUUCUCCUUUGACGGAUGAACGCACUUCAGAGGAAGCUGCUGCGGCUGGCAAGAAGGAAGCAUGGGUGCCCAACACUGUGGAGGAGACAGUGGUGCGUCUGCUGAAGCUAUCUGACGAGCUUAUCGACAACCUGUCGAGGUUGGCCGAGACGAACCGAUCUGCCGGCGUCACUCUUCAGUAG